GUUUUUGAUGUUGGUGGCCAGAAGGCACAGCGUCGAAAAUGGAUACAUGUAUUUGAUGACGUUCACGCCGUACUCUUCAUAACUUCUCUAUCGGACUAUAACCAAACCCUUGCUGAAGAUCACACUGUGAAUCGCAUGAAGGACUCGAUCGAAUUAUUUGAUCAAAUCUGCAAUAACGAGUGGUUCUCUAGCACUGCAAUGAUUCUAUUUCUUAACAAAAUCGAUCUGUUUGCAGAAAAAAUCACACGAGUGAAUAUCACAUGUGCUUUAAAGCAUUAUAAAGUGGGGGAAAUGAAAUCCUCCAACACC